UCACAUUUAAUGGAAAUUAAAUAAAAAUAAUUUUAAAUCUAAAGGACCCUAUUAUAUAAAAAAUUUGAAAAAAUGAACAGCCUUAAACCUUUAAUCGAUUUAUCGAGAAAUUUUGUCGAAAUAGAGAUCUCGAAAGUGACUAUUACUAGCACACUUAGAUGGCCAUAUUGACAACAUCCUAUAUCAUCAUUCAAUUUUGUAUAACUCGAAAUAUAUACAGCCGAAUAAAGAGUUAAAUAAUAAAAAAGUUCCCAAGUGUACAUACAUUUGGAUGAUAAUGCGGUUAAGUUUAAAAAGAAUGAGAAAGUAUGUGUAAUUAAAUGUUAAAAUGUACUUUAAAAAAUUUUCGAAAUCUUUAAAAGUAAAAAUGCUUUAUAAUAAAUGUUGACUGUUGUGCUUUGUCAUAUUAGCAUCUUUAUAUAACAGUAGGCGACUUCCGUUUCCGGUGUCAUAGAGAGUGACAGGUGUAUGUGUGGCGUGUGAAAGAGCGAGUGAGUAAGGUGGUUAAGAAGCAGAGAAUAAUUGUGAGAGGGGUGGCAGUGAGAGAAGGUACGUUAGGUGGAGUAGGGGAAGAAGAGUAGGAGAGGAGAAAAUAGUAAUUAGUUAAUUAGAGACGAAAGAGAAUUGAGUGGGCAGGUUAGAGAACAUAGAAAAGGUAGGGGCUAGAGAGAGGCAAGCGAAGAAAAGUAGCGGGUAGGAGAGAGACACGAGCGACGCGAGUGGACGGGCGGAGAGUUAGAGAGGCAGGCGAGUGAGUUCGUAGGAGCGGUAUAGAAAGAAGUAAAUAAGUUAGGAGUACAAUAAGGAAGGUAUGGCGGAAAACGAAAAUAGAGAGGAGGAGGGAUUAGGAGGAUUAAAAAACAAGGGGGAUGUAGCGAAAAAGAAGGGGAGGCCGACAAAUUUAGAAAGGCUGACUAGGGAAAGAACAAGAAGCAUGAAUAGCAUAGAAGAAAUGUUGAUAAGGGGAAAAAGGAAGGAACGAGAGCAGGAUGAGGAGGGGAUGGAGAUAAUGGAAGAGGAGGAGAUACUUAAAAGAAGCAGGAUAGGAAAGGGGUCUCCGGAAACGAAUGAGUGUAGAGGGGGCAAUUUGGGUAAAAUAUUAGAGGAAUUAGGAAAGCUGGGAAAGAAAAUGGAUGAAGGAAAGGAGGAGUUGAAGAAACAGAUAGCAGAUCUAAAAAAUAGGUGGGAGGAGGAAAGGAGAGAAAUGAGGGAUAGGAUAGAGUUGAUGGAAAAAAGAAUAGAAGACUUAGAAGAGAAAUUGGAGAAGGAGGGGGAUAAAAGGAGGGAAACUUUAAAAGAAGAGGGGAGAAAGGAAGGAAAGGAGGGGGCAGGGGGGAUAACGAGAAGAAUGAGAGAGGUCGAAGUAAGGUUAGACAAAAGGGAGAGGGAAUCAAGGAGAAAUAAUAUAAUAGUCAAAGGAAUUAAGAUAGGAGAGGGAAAGGUGGAAGAGACAAUAAAGGAGCUUUGGGGGGAAAUGGGUAUAGAAGAGAGCCUAAGAGAGGUAAGGAGAGUAGGGGGGGUAGACAGAGAGGGGAGAGGGAUGAUGUUAGUAAAGUUAGGAAGCUUGGAGAGCAAGAGGAGAGUGAUGGAGGCAAAGAAGAGACUAAAAGGUAGAAGGGAGAGGAUAGAUGACGAUUUAACGAGAGAGGAGAGAAGAGCGAGAUGGAAAAUAGAAAGGGAAGCAGAUAAAGAGAGGGAAAAAGGGAAGAGAGUUAAUGUAGGAUAUAUGAGGAUGUGGGUAGAUGGGAAAGUAAAGAUAUGGGAUGAGAUAGGAGAAAUGUGGUUUGGAGAUAAGGUAAACGAGUAAGGAGAGGCAGUAUGAGGGGAGGAAAA